AAAACUUUUCUCCGACGAGUAGGGUGUGUGUUUCGCUGUUUUGUCGCGUGUGUAUUGUGACGAAUGAAAAGUGAAAUGUGAAAAUAAAAUAAUAACAACAACAAAAUAUAGCAAAUACUUGCAUGCAACACCAAAUGUCACGCACAAUGCAAUAAUGUAAAGAAUUAUAUGCAUUUCGUUUAAUAACAUAAAGAAAAAAGAAGAGAAGAAUUUGUCAUCCACUAAUAAAAACAACACUACACUCCAACGCAGUCAAGUCAAGCCAAUGUCGAUCGCCAACAACAACAACAAAAAUAAUGACGAAUUACGGUGAGAAAGAAGAAAUGAGAUAUGACUUUUCUUGUUGAAGAUUAAACCUAACGACGACGACGACGACGUUGCGGCCAGUGAGUGAGUGAUAGGCCCGUUUGUGUUUACAUUCGUUUUUUGUGUUCGUGUGUGUUUGUUAUUAUUGUUGCUCGCUGCUGCUGCUGCUGACCGAGCCAACUCCCCAAUUAAAAAAGCAAAAACAAAACGCAAUAAUAAAUUUAAUUGAAACAUAAUAAAGAAAACGAAAUCUAUUUUUUUCCAUUGCCUGAGAACCCAACACCAAAUCACCUUGGUGUGGAAUGUUGUGUGAAGAUAAAAAGUAAAAAAAAAACAGCAACACAAAAAAAUGAAGAAAAGUGAAAUGUAUCUUCUAAAUAUGACGAAGACGACGGGGUACGUUAUUAUUUAAAUUCGUGUUGUGUGUGAUCAUCAAAGUAUCGUCGUUUGGCGGUGCCAAAGAGUUGCAAAACUCAUUCGAAUCAAAACCAAGCAACUGUAACAACAACAACAACAACUAUGAAUCUAUUAAAGUGAAAUCCAAAUAAUGGCAUACUUCAAAGUGAAUAUCAUUUGUCUCCCAGAUAAAAAAAAAAUGCUGUCUGACCUAGUGAAGUGAUUCGUGUAGUUGUUUGUUUUUGUGUGUCCUAACGUGAAUUUGUGUCUGUGUGUGUGUUCGAACGAGAACCAGUCGCAGUGGCAAUUGUAAUUGAACUAUUUGAACUUUGUUCUUUUUGUUAACAAAAAAUAAAUAAAAAAAAACAAUCUAUUUCAAAUUAUUGCAUUUCCCACCCCGUGGAGAAUUUUGUGGAUAUUUUUUCUUUUGACAAGCUGUAUUCUCUAACUCUGUCAAAAUGACUGUCUGGAUGACAAGCAGUCCAAAACAUGUCUUUGGAAUUGCUAAAUGCAAUUUCGAUCAAGACGAUAAACCGCAUCGCCUCAGUUUGGAUGUUGGUGAUGCCGUGGUGAUACUGAAGGAGACGACACAUUGGUAUUAUGGCUAUAAACAACGAAACAAAGACCAGCGUGGCAUAUUUCCCAAAACCUACAUCCAUCUUUGCGAAUAUAAAAUUGUCAAUGGUGAAUAUUGCAUCCAGCGAACUGAAAUCGUUGAGGAAAUCACAAAAGUUCUGCUGGAAUGGGGCAGCAUAAUAAAGCAAUAUUAUCUGAUCAAUCAUCCGGACUUUAAUUGCAUACGCCUGAAAAUGAUUGAUUUGAGCAAAAAUCGGGCAUUGCUAAUAUCCGGCAAUCUGCCAGUGGAUGAAAUGCGUAAAAUCAAACUGGAGGCCACAUCCACCAUUGACACGGGCAACAAUUUGCUGGGUUUGGAUAUGGUGGUGCGCGACGAAAGUGGUGAUAUUUUGGAUACAUCGAAAAUCUGCACCACCGAACUGUAUGAGCAUCACAUGAAUGCCGUCAACAGGAUCAUUAAAGCCAAUCGCCCCCGCACCAUCCACCACGGCCCCAAGCCAUACAAGAACUUCUCGCACAACAUUCUGCUGCAUGUGAAUGCCUUUGUAUGCAAAUUCCAAGAAGAUUCCGAUCUAAUAUUCACCCUCUUCGAUGGAGAAUCGCAUCGACCGAUAAGCGAAAAUUAUGUGGUAAAAUGGUCACGAACGGGCAUUGCCCGCGAUAUCGAUCAAUUCGACAACAAUCGAGUUCUAUUCACCGAUCUGAGCAAGAAUGAUGUCAGUAUUUCGAAAAUGUAUUUGGUCUGCUAUGUGGUACGCAUUGGCUGUAUGGAGGUAAAGGAAAACGAUUCAAAGCGCGCCAGUAUCACCAAUACCAUGCUGACAGCGGCCAGCAAGAAACAUUCACAGCUAUCGAUUAGUUCGAGUGGCUCAUUCAGUGGCACCGAAUACAUUAUGCGCCGGCCAUUUGGUGUGGCCUUCAAGGAUCUAACGCCCAUCAUCAAUAAACCCGAGGACUUCAAGGGAAACGUGGAUAUGCCCUUUAUCCUAUGCGAAAAGGAUAACAUGGACAUUACGUUGAGAAAACUGAUUGCCAACAAAGAUUGGGGCAAAAUCGACUCAAGAAUGUGUGUCACUGUGGAGGUACUUCAGGGCGAUAUCAAACAAAUCAAAGAGGAGUUCCCUCGUCUGCUACACACCAAUGUACCCAUUGCCCGUAAAAUGGGUUUCCCUGAGGUCAUAUUGCCCGGUGAUGUACGUAAUGAUUUAUAUUUGACACUGUGCUCAGGAGAAUUUGCCCGCAUUGCCAAGACAUCGGAAAAGAAUGUAGAGGUCACCGUAAGUGUUUGCAAUGAACAGGGCCACUGUGUCCCCGGGGUGAUGAGCAUUGGAGCCGGCCUGGCGCCCAUUGAUGAAUACAAAUCGGUGGUGUACUAUCAUGAUGAUAAACCCAAAUGGUUGGAAACUUUUAAGAUCCACGUGCCCAUUGAUGACUUCAAACAGUGCCAUUUGAAAUUUGUCUUCAAACAUCGCAGUUCCAAUGAACAAAAAGAUAAAUCUGAGAAGCCUUUUGGCCUGUCUUAUAUUAAACUAAUGCAGGAUAAUGGUACAACAAUAACGCAAGGACAACACAUAUUGGCCGUUUAUAAAAUCGAUCACAAAAAAUUGGAUAAAAACAAUUCCAACAACGUUUAUUUGGAGUUGCCGGCCACUGUCAACGAAUUGCAAGGAGCAAAACCUUCCAAUGGUGGUUUUUCUUUAUUACCCAAAGAUCAAAUGGUGAUUGGCGUUAAUUUGUGCAGCACAAAAUUGACUCAAAGUGUAAGCCUUUUGGGUUUGUUAAAUUGGUCUGCCCAUCGUGAAACGCUAGAAGAAUCCCUUAACGCCUUGUCCAAUGUACCUGGUGAAGAGGUUGUGAAAUUUUUACAAGACAUUUUAGAUGCCCUAUUCAAUAUCCUUGUGGAAAAUGAUAAUCCCGAAAAAUAUGAUCAGUUGGUCUUUAUGAGCAUUAUUCACUUGAUUGAAACGGUGUCCGAUUUGAAAUAUCAACAUUUCUUAACCGUAUUGGAUGUCUAUAUCAAUGAGAGUUUUUCAGCAACAUUGGCUUAUGCCAAACUCAUUGAUGUCCUUCAACGCAAUGUCCAAGAAGCAAUUGAUCCAAAGGAAAAAUCAGUCGAUGGUAUUGAGAUCGAUGAACGCAUCGAGGUUAAACGUCUGUAUAAGACCACAAGAUAUUUACAUUAUGUCAUGAAAUUUAUCAUACGCUCGCGCAUAUUGUUUGCCGCCAUCAAUGGCAAUUCGGAUUAUGAAGAUUUUGCCAAUAAGCUACAUGAACUUUUGGAAAUGUUUAUCAAAAUGAUUGCCUGUCCCACGGACCUCCUGAAAUCAGAGGGAGCAUUGCUGAAAAAUCUUCACAUUAUUGCCACGGAUUUAAUGCAAGUUUUUGAUCCGGUUCGGUUGAGCAUUGUCAUUGUCAACAUUUUAAAACAAUUCCCACCACGACGCUUGACUCAAUCGAAAAUGGGUUGCAUCAAAGAUUUUGUGGACUCAAAACUAUUCCAUUUACCCGAAUGUCGUGCCAUUCUAUUGCCGGUGUUUUGUAAUCACAUCAAGGAUCGUUUGGAGAGCAAAGAGGAGGGCGAUACGAAAUCCGAUAUCUGGCAACAAGAAAAAAAUCUUUCGAAAGCAGCCAAAGUUCUUGGACAAUUAAAAUCGCAACUGCACACCCGUGAAACGACAGCUAAACAAAAGGUCACCGAAUGUAUAAACAUCAUGAACAACAUUUUGAAAUUGCUAUAUCGCAAAGAUAUUGGUCACACACACAACGACAUACGUGACAUUAUGUUGAUCCUGCUGAGAACGGUGAUCAAAACUUCACACAACCUCGAUCGGGAAAAUCAAUUGGUUGCCAAUUUGGUGGCCAUUAUGUUGGGCAUACUCCAGUGUAUGGAUGCAUCACAUUAUGAGAUCUUUGUACGUCAUUUAAAUAAUCGUUUUGAGUUGCAAGAUUUCGUCAUAGAAAUUCUCCUGGUAUUCGAGGAGUUGGUGUCGCCACAUCAAAAACCCGUUUUCCAGCGGGAUUGGAUGGACAUGAUAAUGCAUCAGAAUACGGUGAUUUUGGGAGCACUGAAACAAUUGUCAAUUGUUAUUGUCGACCAUUUCAUUGAUCCUUUCGAGAAACAGGUUUGGUCGAAUUUCUUCCAGUGUUCCAUUGCAUUUCUGAUACAAUCCCCCUUGCAAUUGAAUGAUUUCAAUGAUACCAAACGUCAGAUGAUAUUUGCCCGCUAUCGUGAUAUACGCAAGGAUACAGCCCAAGAGAUACGUAAAAUGUGGUUCCAACUGGGAGAACACAAACCGCAAUUUGUGCCACAAUUGGUUGAGCCGAUUCUGGAAAUGAGCAUGAUACCCGAGGUGGAGUUGCGAAAGGCAACCAUACCCAUAUUCUUCGAUAUGAUGCAGUGUGAGUACUACAGUUCGAGACUCAUCCAAGAUAGCUAUGGCGAUACGAAACGCAACAAUUCCCAUUAUAAGGCGAACUUCAAUGAAUUCGAAAGGGAAAUGAUUGAAAAAUUGGAUAUCCUUAUUGGGGCGGGCAAGGGAGAUGUGCAAUAUAAGGAGCUGUUCGAACAAAUCCUCCUUGAGAAAUGUAAUGCCCAUAAUAUUCUCAAUGUGGAGGGUACGAAAUUUGUUAAUAUGGUCACGAAACUUAUGGAUCGUCUGCUGGAAUAUCGUUGCAUUAUUCAGGAUGAAAGUAAAGAGAAUCGUAUGGCCUGUACUUUCUCCCUGCUGCAAUUCUAUUCCGAAGUUAAUCGCAAGGAAAUGUACAUACGUUAUGUCUACAAGCUGUGUGAUUUACAUAUGGAAUUUGAUAACUAUACUGAGGCGGCCUUUACCCUGAAACUCCACACGGAGUUGCUAUCCUGGGAUGAUACCGAACUUUCACCUUUGCUGAGGUCCCACCGUCACAUGCAAUGUCGCAGCCAUCGGGAUCUGAAAGAGGCCCUUUAUUAUGAAAUUAUCGAUUAUUUCGAUAAGGGUAAAAUGUGGGAAUGUGCCAUUGACAUGUGCAAAGUUCUGGUACAACAAUAUGAAAAUGAAAUCUAUGACUACAUCAAAUUGGCGGACUUGCUCAAGAAAAUGGCUCUGUUCUAUGAAAAGAUAUUGAAGGAAAUGCGUCAUACCUCCGAGUAUUUCCGGGUUUGCUUCUAUGGCUUGGGUUUUGCAAGAUUUUUGCAAAAUAAAACCUACAUUUAUCGUGGCAAAGAGUAUGAACGUCUCGAUGAUUUUAGUACCCGUAUCCUAAUGCAACAUCCCCAGGCUGAGCUAAUGCAUACACUGGAGACGCCCGGUGAGGAGAUAACACAAAGUGAAGGACAAUAUAUUCAAAUCAAUAAAGUCGAACCCAUCAUGGACGAAGCAUUUGCCAAAUUUACCGAUACCAAAAUAAUAUCCACAGAAAUUGUAAAAUAUUUCAAUAACAAUAAUGUGCAGAAGUUUAAAUUCUCAAGGCCCUAUCGCGAGAGUUCUUGUACCGGCGAUGCUGAUGGUGUGGGUAAUUUGUGGCUGGAACGUACGGUGGUUACCAUUAAAUACCCGCUGCCGGGUAUUCUACGUUGGUUCCCCGUCAUCGAUUCGGAUACGUUUAAGAUUUCACCCCUUGAACUUGCCGUUGAAACAAUGAAAACGACGAACAAAGAUAUACGCGAUUUGAUUAUUGCCCACAAAAACGAUGAAACGAUACCCGUCAAUCCGUUGGGUAUGAAAAUACAUGGUAUUGUUGAUCCCGCCGUCAUGGGUGGCACCAAGAAAUAUGAAGAUGCCUUCCUUACCGCCGAGUAUUUGGAAGAACAUCCCGAUGAUAAGGAUUUGGUAGAGGAACUCAAGGAUUUGAUUGCUGCACAAAUACCACUACUGGAAAUUGCCAUAACGCUGCACAGACAAAAGGUACCCGAAAGUUUGAAACUGUUCCAUGAACGUUUGGAGACAUGCUUUGCCGAUAUGCAGGCUCAGGUUGAGGCCAAGUAUGGCAAGAGGACUUGUGACCUAAAACUUGAUCGUGAUUCGGUAAUAAUGCGUCGCAAUAACUCUUUUAUACCCAGCAUGUGUGAUACCAACAAUCGUUUGUCGGAGACGAGUAUGGGUUCUUCAGAUAGCGGUCUUUCGAAAUCAACAACACGACCUCCAACGAAUUCGAUUAAAUCCACAUUUGGUUUUGCUUUUAAUCCUAGACCCAGUCUUGGCCAUUCACCAAGCACCAAAAGCAAAUCUAAGGAUAAAACACCCUCGAAACGGAGAUCAAUUAAAAAGUUGGAUCGUGACACCUUAAGUUUGCCCGUGGCCAAUAGCCAAUGGUAUACCACACCGUUGACAACGAUAACCUCAACGCCGGAAAAGGAAUCAAACACCUCCAUAAUUUCGGCCUCAAACACUUCAUUGUGUUCCAAGACCGCUGAUCCUAAAGUAUUAACCGAAGAGCUCACCUCCAAACGGCCGUUGCGCUCGGAAAAAGAAAAGGAACGAAGAUUAUCACGGCCGGCCAGCAUUGCAACCCCAACGGCAAGUAUGAAAGGUUUUUCGGCCGCCGAUACCCAAUCGCUGUCGGGAGCAGACAGCAGUAAUCGUAAUUCGGUUGAGACCACCGAUUCAACAUCCGAGGAAGACCUUAUACCACCACCAUUGCCUGCCAAGACACGAGAUUCUACCGAUUUUUCUAGUCUCAAUUAUAGUUUAGAUUGGAAUAACAGUUCAUUUUCGUUGGGCAGUGCCCUUAGCCCGAAUGGUACCAUAACAAGGGGUACUUCAUGUUCGACCACCACUACCAGUAUUGUGAACACCUCAUAUGAAUAUGUUGAGACCAAAAAUUUCCAUAUUACCAGCAGUGUGGUGGCCACGAACUCGAGCAGUGUGUUGUUGGAUGAUAAAAAGAGGCCACCGACACCACCGCCAAAGCCAUCGAGGAAUAGCAAACACAUUCCAUAGAAAACAAAGCAGAAACAAAAAGAAAAAUAUAUUAUAUAAAAA